AUGGCCGACUCGGACUCCAAGCCCUCCUCUGGCAACGAACUCGAACUUCGAGAGCAGGACAAGUGGCUGCCAAUAGCCAAUGUGGCCCGAAUCAUGAAGUCUGCGCUGCCCGAAAACGCCAAGGUGUCCAAGGAAGCCAAGGAGUGCAUGCAGGAGUGCGUGUCCGAGUUCAUUUCCUUCAUCACCUCGGAGGCGUCGGAGAAGUGCGCAGCCGAAAAGCGAAAGACAGUCAAUGGCGAGGACAUUCUCUUUGCCAUGCUGUCUCUGGGCUUUGAGAAUUACGCCGAGGCCCUGAAGAUUUACCUCACCAAGUACCGUCAGAACCAAAACUACAAGCAGGAGAACAGAAGCGAGAAUCGAAAGAAGAAGACGCUGCCCGCCCAAGAAGGAGCUGUGGCUGCUGCUGCUACCGGUUCGAACCCCGUCACUGAGACAAACUCGCCUUCCCAGCAACAGCAGGAGGAGUACUACGCUGCCUACGACGUUCCAAUUAACGGACAGGACCCUACCGAGCAGCGGUUCUCCGAAGAGCCCACCCAGGACGAAAAGGCCAUGUAUGACGCUUAUACCGGUGACUACUACUAA